AUGCGGCUCCUCCAUUCCCUCCUCCUUCUCCCCGCUCUCACCCUCGCCGCAGAACUCGGCAUCGAAACCACGCGGCCCGCCACCUGCACGCGCAAAUCCCGCAAUGGCGACAAGCUCUCCAUGAACUACCGCGGCACGCUGCAGUCCGACGGCAGCCAGUUCGACUCGAGCUUCGACCGCGGCGUGCCGUUUACAUUCAAGCUCGGCGCCGGGCAGGUGAUUAAAGGCUGGGACCAGGGGCUGUUGGACAUGUGUCCUGGGGAGGCGAGGACGCUGACGAUUCCGCCCGGCUUGGGGUAUGGGAAGUUUGGGAUUUUUGAGACGGAGUUGGUUGAGAUUGUGGGUGUGAAGCCCGAGGUUGAACCUUCGCCUAGUACGACGCCGGUAGCGACUGAUAAGCCUGGCCCGUCGCAUGUGGUGGUUGCGCCGGCGACAAAUGCGGUGCCGGUCGCGGAGUCGACGCAGGGCUCUGUUGCGCAGAGCAGUCCUAUGGAUGAAGAGAAGGGGGAUGGAGAGUGCAAUUUGCUCGGAGACUUUGCUUUGCUGGUACAAGGUGCGCUUGGGUUGCUUGCAGUCUCGUCGCUGGCAGUGAAGAGGUGGAGAGAACACCCGCGUCGACCGGUCAAGAUCUGGUUCUUCGAUGCGUCGAAGCAGGUCUUUGGCUCGGUUCUGCUGCAUCUGGCAAAUGUCCUCAUGUCCAUGCUGUCCUCCGGGAAGUUUGAUGUGGCAGCGAAGACGAACCUUGCGGAGAGUGACGAUGGAGAUCAACCCAACCCAUGCUCAUUCUAUCUGCUCAACUUGGCCAUCGACACUACAAUCGGUAUCCCCAUCCUCGUACUCCUCCUCAAGGUCCUCCACCGGGGCGCCCUCCUCACACCUCUCGCCAACCCACCCGAGUCCAUUCGCUCAGGAAACUAUGGCCAUCCUCCCCGCGCCACCUGGUGGCUCAAGCAAUCCGUCAUCUACUUCCUCGGCCUGCUCCUCAUGAAGCUCUGCGUCCUCGCCAUCUUUGCCUUCCUCCCCUGGAUUGCAUGGGUCGGCGACUGGGCCCUGCGCUGGACCGAGGGCAACACAGCCGUUCAAAUCACUUUUGUCAUGUUCAUUUUCCCGCUCAUCAUGAACGCACUACAAUACUGGAUCAUCGACAACUUCAUCAAGGAUGCGGAACACGGUGGCGAGGGUGGCUAUCAGGGCGUGGGUGAGGAUGAUGAGGAAAGCGAUGAUGAGUGGCUCGAGAGGCAGCAGAGGAGGAGGGAGCAGGGUAUUGAUGGGGAUGACGAGGAUAUUGAGGUGGUUGCGGGUAAGCCGCUCGAAGAGGCGAAUCCGACUCCGAUACCGAGUGGUGAUUAUGACCCUGACACAGAUGGUGCGGGUAGUAGGGAUGGGAUUAAGAAGUAG